AUGCUGACAACGCCGCCAAGCGACGUCACCUGGUACAACCAUCUGGGUCUUGGAAAAGCUUCCUGCGUAGAGCUGCUUAUGAUUGGCGCGGCUGACGGCUACAGGCGUUUGGUGCUUCCUUACAUGUGUCAGCCCUGGCAGCUACUGGGUGUGUCCACUAGCACAGCAGCUUCAGCUCUGGCAUCCAUGGAAGCACAAUGCCGCCAGCACAGCAAUUGCCAUGAAUGCAGUGAUCCAUUGUUCAGCAAGGUCUUCCUGGACUGGGCGCUUGGACCUUCGCUGUCGCAUGAACACAAGCUUGAGCGAGUGGCGCACGUCCAGAUGGUGUUGCGUGAUGUGCUGGGGCAGCUGCCUUUAAGCAGUAUCGACGUGGAAAGAUCACACGCAAACAUUCAAGUAGACAUGAAUGCUUCCAAAGCUGUGCCGAAAAGGCCAUCGAACGCACAAUGCGACUCGUACAUUUGUUGCGUAUCUCUUGAACAUGAGCACACCAAGAAGCAGGUCGAACUUGAGACGCUGGGCAUCAAACAGGAUCGUGUCAAGAAGACUAUGCGAGCCCGAAAGGUUGAGACUAGUGCACCUGGGAACGGCCUGUCUUUGCGACGCUCCGGCUUCAACUCCGACGGCACAGUGAAAGGCAGAGAUGGCCUUUUGAAGGGUUUGCUGUCGGUCAAAGCUGGUGGUGUGCGCCGCACUCGCCCGGAAACUCGCAGAGUCAGUGGCUUCAAUGCCUUUCAGAAGGCCAACAAGCACCUCUUCAAGCGAUCCCGGUUGGCCAGCGCGGAGAAUCGUCAGGAGUCCAAGAAAUUGGCGGAGCUCUGGCGCGAUUUGCCGGCCGAUGCCCGCGAGCGGUACGAGGAACAGGCACGCGAGAUUCAAGCUGCGCGGGAUGAGCUGAAAGCAAAGGUGUUGUCGAAAACCGCAUCGGCCGCGGAAGAAGCUGCAGAGAUUGGGGUCCUGAGCACCGCUCAGGUAAAACGAUUGAAUGGCUGCAGGCUGGACCAGACUUUGGGUCAGGUGUCGGGGCACCCGGUGUGGAAGGCAGGCUUGGGCCUGUCUGACCACGUGGCCGCUCUGAAGGCAACUCUGGUCAUGUCGGUACCAGAUGCCACUGCAAUGCGAGGUAUCAAGCGUCAGCAUGAUGAAGCUUUCUCGUAUGAUCCGACCAUAGUACCGAACCCUCAGCUACCCAAGUUCAUUCGCCCAUGCUGUAUGCUGCAUGGCGGUACCUGUCAGUGCGAUCCUCAUUUUGAUUUGAUGCAGCGCUUCGUGAAGCAAUUUCAUGAGCAACUGAUUGCUGAGCGACUUGGUGGUAGCCCUACCCUCGUCGAGCUCAAACCUGGCCAGGACGAGACGUCGAUUUGGCUGAUUGUUGCAACAGUGGCACUACGGCCUCAGUGCCACAUCGUUAUCUAUCUGCAUUCUGCAGCGGGGUUUUUGCACCUGACGAUGCAGAACGGUUCCCUUGCCAUGGGCACAAUGCAUCGAGUUAUGCGCAGGAUGCUACAGGCAGCCUCUCGUGGAGAUACACCGCUGGACGACUUUCGCUGCACUGUUCGCCUUUAUGGUGGACCUGAGAUGGAUGAUUCAGAGGACAUGCGGUUUCUGCAACCUGACGAGGAUGAGGCAUUGUUGGAGCACGAAUUGGGCGGAAACGGCGGGCUCGGGCCGCGACGUGUGGCAGUGGCACCUGCCGGCGGUUGUCGUCUGCCCUUUGGACUGGUUCCUAUCAGGACAAGACUCGAACUCCAGCUUGUAUUUGAUUGUCCUGAUCAUUUGCACUGGUAUGCAUACGGUGUGCCCCUAGCCCCUAGCUUCCUGCACUCCAGUCUUUCAACGGUUCUCUGUAGAACGGCAGGACUGAGAGGGCAGCGAAAGCGCGCAAGACCACGAGCGAGAGCACGGGCAAGAAACACAAAGAUUCCCAACCUGGACCGUCGGAGGAGACAGCGCCGGUACAGCCGCUCGGGCGAGGCUAGUCGUCUCUCUUAUAUUGUUCCGAAUUCCUCAAUUAGAAUUUACAAUCUGUUUUUUAUAAUUUAA